AUGAGACGUUCUAUCUUUACCUUUUUGUCGACCCAUCUACUUGCUGUGCUUAUUCUUGUUUCCCGUGGUGAAGUUGCUGCUCGGGAGUAUCACUGCGAUAAACAGAUAUCCAUCGAAAUUAAGUAUAUCAGAAAAUCCCUUGAAACCAUCUAUAGGGUACAUGAAAAGGUUCUAUCAGAAUGUUUAAACAAUACUGCUUGCGAAAACGUUGUUCGAUAUUAUGGGUCCUUCGUUAAUCUUUACAACGGCCAUGAUUUUAAUGUGGACAAGACUAGACGCAAUCUCUUCAAGACUAGUGUACCAGCAAAAUUCAGACAUAGAUUCAAAGGCAGUCCUUAUUCGGUUGUUGCAAGUUGCAAAAUGGGGUCUGAAUGCACAUUUUUGGGUAUUGUCUACAAAGUUCCAUCGGAGACAAGUAAAAUUGUAUACAAUGAUGUAAAAUGCAGUGAUAUAAAGAUAUAUCCGCUUGAUAUUCACUUUCCUCUGCGAUUGCCCCGAACUUCUAGCAAACGGUUUUAA